UGACGAGUUAUGUCAAGAAGUUGUUUCCGGAUUGUGUGAAGUAGGUUAAUAUAAAGUACUACAUAAAAAUUUGCUGGGAGUUGUAUAAAACUAUGCCGUUAUUUCUUUCUAAACAGUUAUAUGCCGUUCGUUAAAUCAUGUCAGAAAAGUAUUGUUUUAGAAGUAACUUGGAUUUUUAGCAAAAAGGGAAGUAAGACAAUGUGUAAAUCGUGUUGUGAAGGCAUUUUCAUGAUUUUGUUUAUACAUAAAUAGUUUUUCUAUGACUGUUACAUCGUACACUAGCUGAACAGUUCCAGUACCAUAAUGUACUAAAGUACAAUAAUACAGGAGGAUUUAUGCGAUGUACAUUAUUAAAUUUCCGCAAAUGUCGAUCAUAAUUAAGAUAAGUAUCCGUAAUUUAAUCAUAUUCCCAGAGGUAACAGUCUGGAUUUAAAAGCGUAAGCCAGUUUUGCCGGUGAAAAGGUCGUCUGCAGAAAGUGAAUACAUUGCUUAGCGUGUUGUUUUGGAAUGUAAAACACAGGAAAAAAGUUUCCAUGUGUGAUAACACAUUUACAUAUUGUAAGGAUGAUUAUAUAAGACUACUCGUCAUAUUGAUGAUAAUACCAAUAGAAUAACAUAGUUCGAGACAAAAGCUGGAAAUUCCCAAGAAACAACUGUCGUUUAGUGCUAAAAUGCGUAAAUUUCAGAUAUAAACGUUACCAUGGUUUUAAUAUAGCAGGAAAUAUCAGCAAUAACGUAGUGAGAAACAAAUCGAUUGGAAUAUUACUAUGAGCUUUAGAAAAUAGGGUAAUGAACACUUUAGGAUUGUUUGAUGCAUUUAAACACUUUGACAUUUACAAUGAUUACAGUGUUUUUUUUUAUAACAUAACAUAACAUAACAUAACAUGGAAUUGUGAAUAAUUUCACAUAAAUAGUUUAACAAUAAAGUUAAGCAUGUGAUGAAACAGUAUAGUUAGAACUUUAGUAUGGUUGUAAAUAUACUACUGCACAGUUGUGACUAAUUUUAAGGUUGUAUAUACAUGUAUGUAUAUUCAUAUAUAUAUAUGUAAAAUGAAAGUAAAGAAGAAAUGGACACAUUUAAGUGUAAGGAGAGUGACUACACAGUUCAUGCUGCUAACAUUCACCGCCAUUGUGAUAUAUGUGUGUUUAAAUCUGGUAUCUUCCAGUUCAACCAUGUCACUAAAGGUAGACAUGUUCAUUAAAAUGCAAGGACUAAAGUUAAGAAUUCGAGACAGUUCAGGAAACGGCUCUUAUCAGCAUAAUUAUAAUAAAUCGUCAGAUGGAAUUAAGUCACAGUAUAAAGAACAUCGGAAUAAGCCAAGGUUAGAUGAGCACAUUUCAAAUAGCAGUUUAAAAGUGUUUAACGAAGUCGGGGAAACAGAACGAUAUAGCGAUCCAUUUCAUAAAACGAAAUACUCUAUCAACCAUGAGGAUCCUGACCGUUUCUUACCCGACUCUCAUGGAUCUAAAAGCAAAGAAAUGAUCACAGAUGAUCACAUGGGAUACUUGUUACCUGAAAAUCAAUCAUUUCACCUGUCUAAGGAAGAUGUAAACAAUGAUAAUUACAGCAAUAUUGAAAAUAACGAAAAUAAAACUAGAAAAAUUGACAUAUUUGGAAACAUUGAGUACGGAGCUGACAGGGAACGAAAACUUGAAUGUGAUGAAUGCUUUCAACACAAUUUCAAAUAUGUGAUAGAAAAUGAUAUAUGCAAACUUAAAAAUUCUGAACAAAUAAUAGAUCUGAUAGUGCUAAUCACCACGUCUCAUAAAAACACGAAAGCCAGGGCGGCUUUACGUGCCACAUGGUUAAGUUUUACUAGAAAGAAUACGGACAAUAUUCGAUAUGCUUUUUUGCUUGGAGAACAUACUGAAAGUCGAUAUAAUGAACUCGUUUUAAAAGAGAGCAACAUAUAUCAUGAUAUAAUACAGGAAGAUUUUGUAGAUUCUUAUAUGAAUUUAACAUCAAAAAAUUAUGGGAAACCUCCCAAACUGCGGGCUGGGUCUUGCACCCAGAGAGCAAAACCAAUCCGUCAAAUAAAAUCGAAAUGGUAUGCAUCAAUAGAAAGCUACCCGCAACAACUAUACCCAGGUUUUUGUUCAGGGACCGGCUACGUGACAAGUAUGAAUGUAGCGUCUAAAGUUUAUCAUGUUUCUCCAAGCGUUCCCUUUUUUCAUCUCGAAGACGUCUACGUCGCACUUUGUUUACGAAAAUUAGGAUUUAAACUACAGCGCGUGCCAGGAUUUAACGUUAGCAGACGAAGAAUGGACCCGUGUUUAUUUAAAGGACGUUUUUUGAUAAGUGCUCAUCACAUGUCACCUAUCUUGUUACAGAUGAUUUGGAACCGACAUUGUACCAGGUUACCCAUCUAACAUACUGCCUGAUAAAAUAGACUGUCUAAAUUUCGGGUUACUUCCCUUGCAUUAAUAUAGUGCCUGCAGAAGACCCGUGUUUGUGAUAAUAUAUGCACUUUAACAUCAUGACAUAAUUGUGAUCAUUCAGUUUUAUUAUAUAGACAUAAUAAAACAGAUUUUAUAAAUUUGUUUUAAAUUAUACACACACUCACUGUUACUUUAUAAAUAAAAUUUUAAUAUGUUU